GUGGCUGUCUAAUUGAGUGCCUGAUCCGAAUCUUUCUACCUCGGUUCGCGGCUGGCCGUGGCCCGGGAGCUCCGAGGCCUAUUUUAGGGUGACCUCCUUUCGCUUCCAGAGGCCGGCGUGAAGGGCGGGAGAGAGGGGGAGGCGGGGAGGCGGACAGGCAGUUGCCAGGGCAGCCUGGAGCAGAGGUCCUCGGCAGCGGAGGCAGGCGGCGGAGAAGAGGCGACGACGACGGCGAGGAGGAGCGGCUCGUAAUGGCGGCGCCCAGGAAGGCCGGCGACUGAAAACAUAGUACAUUAAGUAAUUCCAAAGAAGAAAGUACCAAGGAUAUUUCAGUGUAAACGAUUAGAGUAAUUUGGAACUUGGCAUAUAUUGGAUCACAUCUUCUUCUGAUACGUGUCGUCUUCUGCAUCCAAAGUUUUUUUUAAUCUGGCAGUUUCUGUAAUAGACACUGACUGUAUACCAGAAGAUUGACUACAACAGACCCUUUUCUUGUGAAGACAUUUUUUAACCAUGGCUAGCCAGCUUGGGGGCAGAACAAGAAGCUUUGCUUUCUACACUGUUGCACAGUGAGUUCUUGUGGUGGGACUUUCCUAUAGCACUAUUUAGGAUGCCUUCACUGGAGCACUACAAGUCAAAUAAUACCAUCCAUGCAUUUUCCCCAGAGGCUGCUUUCCCUCAUGGGAGGCGGAGGGAGAGAUGGGACCCCAGGCUUCUGUCAAGGGAAAGCAGGAUACAGUGGGAAAGGCCCCAAAAGAAAGCCUGCCUCUGUGGUGGAGAUCCCCCCACAAAAAACGGAAGAAAAAGAGUAAAGCAAGAGCAGGAAGACCAGAUUUUACUAGUAUUCCAAGCAGGCCAGAAUUUACACUGCAAGAUUUUGUUAGGGCAGAAUUUACCAGGCCAGAAUUUUCAAUAUUUGUAGGUGAAUUGACUCCUGAGGUGGAUGAUUUUUUGCUUUAUGACUACUUUUUCAAACGGUAUCCAUCAUGUAUAGAUUGCAAAGUGGCCACAGACCUCUUGGGUUAUUCCAGGGGUUAUGGCUUUGUCAGAUUUUCUGAUGAAGGUGAUAUGAUGAGAGCAUUGCAAGAUUGCCAGAAUGCACCUGGUCUAGGCGGAAAAAGAAUCCGAUUGACUAUAGGAAUUUCUAAAAGAUUGAAAGUAGAAUUUCAGAGGUACCAGCCAUAUAGCUAUAAUGAUUAUUACCAAGAUUAUCAGAACUACUACCGUCAGUAUAAUUACGACAGAAAUGAACGCUUUGAUCGCUAUGAACGUGUUGAUCGUUUUGAUCGAGGAGGUCGUUUUGGUGAUCGUUUUCCUGACCGCUACCGUGAGCAUUUUAGUGACCGUUUUCCUGAACGUUAUGCUGAUCGCUUUGGUUCCCGUUUUGGUGAACGGUAUCCUGACUACCCUGAAUAUGGUGAUUAUCCUGACUAUGGAGAUUAUCCUGCUGAUUAUAGUGACUACAACUACAGCUAUGCAUCUUACGAAAGGAUGCAGCCAACUGGAAGUAUGGGGCAGCAAGCCAUGAGUACAGCUGUAUUUCAGGAAACUUCAGCGAUGGUAAUGAAUGAUGAUCUAAUAACAGAAGAUCCACAGCUCCAUGUAGAUGUUCACAGAAUGAACAGAGAAUUUAUGGUGCGAAGUGAAGAACUGUUUGACACACUUAUGAGCUGCCAUUGGCAACCUCUGGAUACAGUCACAUCUGAGAUUCCUACUGCUUUCUGAAACUGUCUUAUGUUAACACCAUAGCAUGAUUAUUAUGACCAAGGUGCUAAAUUGACAUUUCUUCUUCAUUACUUUACAUCUUAAGUUUUAAAGCACAGUGUUGGGUUUUUUUGCUAUUCUUUGAUGGCCUUUGUAAUUUUUGUUCAUCACUCAGUAUCCUGAAAUCAUGUAAAUAUUCUAGAAAUGUAAAGAGUUACUCUAAAUAUAGACUUACUUAUGUAAAUAAUAAAACUUUGUUUCUGCAAA